AUCACUCUAAACCAUAUUGAGGAGUAUAAACAGGAGCUCUCCAUAUUUGCAGAGAGCUUCAACAUGCAUGGGCCUGGAGCUGUGGGAGAUGAUCUAGAGAAAGGUUUGAAGAUCAUGGCUACCUAUGAGACGGAGCUGGAUAAGGUUGAGGCAAGCCGUCAGAAACUGGCUAAAGCUGAGAAACUGUUCAAUUUGCCCAUCACUAUGUACCCAGAGCUUCUCAAUGUACAAAAGGAGAUGAAGGGCCUGAGACAGAUCUAUGAGAUUUAUAAAAGCCAGAAGGAGGCUAAAGCAGAGUGGUCACAGACAAUCUACAUAAAGCUCCUGCAGGAAGGUAUAGAGGGACUUAUCAAGAGCUUGCGGAAGCUGCCAAAGGAUGUAAGAGCUCUUCCUGUAUCUUUCUUCCUGGAGGGACGCAUGAAGGAAUUUAAAGAGUCAAUCCCUCUUCUCUUGGACCUAAAAAAUGAGGCUCUCAGGGCCAGGCACUGGAAAGAUCUAAUGGAGAGGACAGGCACCAGCUUUGAGAUGAACCCAAAUACCUUCACUCUGGAGAACAUGUUCUCCAUGGAGCUGCACAAAUAUGGCAAUGUCAUCAGUGAAAUCGUCACCUCAGCUGUGAAGGAGCUUGGCAUUGAGAAGGGAGUUAAAGAAGUGGAGGCAACUUGGGAAACUAUGAAAUUUAGUGUGCAGCGGUUUUUAAAAGGCACACAGGAGCAUGGUUUCAUUCUUGGUGCUGUGGACGACAUUCUUCAGCGCCUGGAUGAUGAUGCUAUGAACCUGCAGAGUAUGGCAGGCAGCCACUAUGUUGGUCCCUUCCUGGCCACUGUACAACAGUGGGAGAAGAAUCUAUCACUCAUCAGUGAGAUCAUUGAGGUAUGGAUGUUAGUACAGCAAAAAUGGAUGUACCUGGAAAGCAUCUUCAUUGGAGGUGACAUUCGCUCUCAGUUACCUGAGGAAGCCAAAAAAUUUGACAAUAUUGACAAAAUGUUCAAAAAAAUAAUGACUGACGCAGUGAAGGACCCUGCCAUUAAGAGAUGCUGUCUGGUUCCUAACCGUCUGGCAGAUCUGCAGAACCUGAGCGAUGGUUUGGAGAGGUGUCAAAAGAGUCUUAAUGAUUAUCUGGAUUCCAAGCGGAACGCUUUCCCACGUUUUUUUCUUUUUUCUGACGAUGAGCUGCUCAGUAUUCUCGGCAGCAGUGAGCCUACUUGUGUGCAGGAGCACAUGAUCAAGAUGUAUGACAACAUAGCAGCAUUGCGUUUUGAUACGGGAAUGAAUGGAGAGAUGGUGGCAAGUGCAAUGGUUUCUGCCGAGGGGGAGGUGAUGGAGCUCAAACAGACUGUACCUGCAGAGGGCCGUGUGGAAGACUGGAUGACUGGAGUGCUGCUGGAGAUGAGGAGAACCAACAGACUCAUCACCAAAGAAGCUAUUUACUUCUACAACCACCGAAAGACUAGGGUGGACUGGAUGCUUGACUACCAGGGAAUGGUGGUGCUGGCGGCAAACCAGGUGUGGUGGACCUGGGAGGUAGAAGACGUCUUCAAAAGGAUGAGUCAAGGAGAAAAGCAGGCAUUGAAACAGUAUGCAAAGAAAAUGCACAAGCAGAUCGAUGACCUGGUGAGGCGCAUCACACAACCCUUAAAGAAGAAUGACAGAAAGAAAAUCAACACUGUGCUCAUUAUUGAUGUCCAUGCUAGGGACAUUGUGGACACUUUUGUCAGGGAUAGUAUCACAGAUGCCCGUGAGUUUGAAUGGGAGAGUCAGUUGAGAUUCUACUGGGUUAAAGAGCCUGAUGAGUUGUUUGUGCGGCAGUGCAGUGCUCAGUUCUCCUACGGCUAUGAGUACAUGGGGCUGAACGGCCGGUUGGUCAUCACUCCCCUAACUGACCGUAUCUAUCUCACACUUACUCAGGCCUUGUCUAUGUUCCUGGGUGGAGCGCCAGCCGGACCUGCGGGUACGGGGAAAACUGAAUCCACUAAAGAUCUGGCUAAAGCUUUGGGGCUUUUGUGUGUGGUCACCAACUGUGGAGAGGGUAUGGACUACAUGGCUGUUGGGAAAAUCCUCUCUGGUUUAGCUCAGUGUGGAGCCUGGGGCUGUUUUGAUGAGUUCAACCGCAUUGACGCCUCAGUGCUGUCAGUCAUCUCCUCCCAGAUCCAAACCAUCCGAAACGCUCUAAUGUUGAACCUCAAGAGAUUUCAUUUUGAAGGACAAGAAAUCAGUCUGGAUAGCCGUAUUGGAAUCUUCAUCACGAUGAACCCUGGUUAUGCUGGCCGCACAGAGCUUCCAGAGUCAGUGAAAGCUUUAUUCAGACCGGUGGUAGUCAUUGUACCGGACCUGCAGCAGAUCUGUGAAAUCAUGCUCUUCUCUGAAGGCUUCCUCAUGGCUAAGGUUUUGGCAAAGAAGAUGACAGUGCUGUACAAACUAGCACGGGAGCAGCUGUCUAAACAGUCACACUAUGACUUUGGGCUUAGAGCGCUGAAGUCAGUGUUAGUAAUGGCUGGGGAGCUAAAGAGAGGUUCACCUGAUCUCAGUGAGGAUGUCGUUUUAAUGAGGGCUCUUCGAGAUAUGAACCUGCCCAAGUUUGUAUUUGAGGACGUUCCUCUGUUUUUGGGCCUUAUCUCAGAUCUGUUCCCUGGGCUCGACUGCCCACGUGUGCGUUACCCCAGCUUUAAUGACGCUGUAGAGGCCGCCUUGCAGGAGAAUAAAUAUCUUGUGUUGCCCAACCAGGUGGACAAAGUGGUGCAAAUGUAUGAGACCAUGAUGACCAGACACACAACCAUGGUGGUUGGACCGACAGGAGGAGGGAAAUCUGUGGUGAUCAACACACUCUGCCAAUCACAGACCAGGUUGGGCCUGUUGACCAAAAUGUACAGUCUGAACCCAAAAGCCAUGAGUGUGAUUGAGCUGUAUGGAAUCCUGGAUCCGGUCACCCGAGAUUGGACUGAUGGGAUUCUAUCUAACAUAUUCCGUGACAUCAAUAAACCCACAGACAAAAAAGAAAGGAGGUAUAUCCUGUUUGAUGGAGAUGUGGACGCUCUGUGGGUGGAGAACAUGAAUUCAGUUAUGGAUGAUAACAAGCUUCUCACACUGGCUAACGGAGAGCGAAUUCGCCUACAGAACCACUGUGCCCUGCUCUUUGAGGUUGGAGAUCUCCAGUAUGCCUCCCCUGCUACUGUUUCUCGUUGUGGAAUGGUGUUUGUGGACCCCAAAAACCUACGCUAUGCUCCCUACUGGGUAAAAUGGGUCAACAGCAGAGCCCUGAAAGAACAGGCAGAUCUCCGCAGACUGUUUGAAAAGUAUGUACCAAGUGCCAUUGAUAUGAUAGUGGAUGGUAUAGUUGAUGGUAAACAGACAGAGAAACUGAAGACUGUGAUCCCACAGACAGAUUUGAACAUGGUGAUGCAGUUGACCGUGAUGCUGGAGUCUCUACUGGAGAAUGAGGACUUUAUUUCUGAGGAGCUGGAGUGUUAUUUUCUAGAGGCGCUCUACUGUUCACUUGGGGCUUGUCUUCUGGACAAAGGCCGACAGAAGUUUGACGAGUUCAUAAAAAAGUUGUCCUCUCUGAGUAGUGUAAAUGAUGAGAAGGUGCUUGCUGGCCCUGGACAGAUUCCAGUUUACUUGCCAACUCUCUAUGAUUUCCAUUUUGAUGGAACACAAAAGAAGUGGGUUACCUGGAGCUCCAUGGUCUCAAAAUACAUUCAUAACGCUGAUAUGAAAUUCAUUGACAUCCUUGUCCCGACAGUGGACACCACUCGUGCUAAUUGGCUGUUGGAACAGAUGGUGAAGGUGAAAAGGCCAGUGGUGCUGGUUGGAGAGUCUGGUACCUCUAAAACUGCCACCAUCCAGAACUUCCUGAGUAAUCUGAAUACAGAUACAACCAUAAUGAUGAGCAUCAAUUUCUCAUCGAGAACAACAUCUAUGGACCUGCAGAGGACUCUGGAGGCAAGUGUUGAAAAAAGAACCAAGGACACGUAUGGUCCUCCGAUGGGCAAAAGGCUCCUUGUGUUUAUGGAUGACCUCAACAUGCCAAGGGUGGAUGAGUAUGGCACUCAGCAGCCAAUAGCUCUUCUAAAGCUGCUGUUGGACAAGGGAGGCAUGUAUGACAGAGGAAAGGAACUUAACUAUAAACUCAUAAAGGACUUGGGCUUCAUUGCAGCCAUGGGAAAGGCUGGGGGCGGUAGGAAUGAAGUGGACCCUCGAUUCAUCUCUCUUUUUAGCGUUUUCAACAUCCCCUUCCCUCAGGAGGAGUCCCUGCAUCUUAUCUACUCUUCUAUUCUUAAAGGACAUACCAAGUCCUUUGAGGAAUGCAUUCAAAACAUCUGUGACAAGAUAACUUUCUGUACUCUGGAGUUGUACAAAACCAUAAUUAAGGACCUUCCGCCAACACCUUCCAAGUUCCACUAUAUCUUUAACCUGCGAGAUCUCUCCAGAGUCUACCAUGGCUUGACGUUGACCAAUCCCGAAAGGUUCUGUACAAUCACCCAGUUUGUCCGUGUAUGGAGAAAUGAGUGCUUAAGAGUCUUCCAUGACAGACUUAUCAAUGAAACGGACAAAAUUACGGUCCAGGGGCAUAUAAAGAAUCUGAUUGAAGAGCAUUUCAGAUCAGACCUCGAUUCAGCCAUGAGAGACCCCAUUCUGUUUGGAGAUUACAGAACGGCUCUCAAGUCUGAGCCAAGAGUUUAUGAGGAUAUACUGGACUAUGAUGCAUCCAAAGCUCUGUUCCAGGAGAUCCUGGAGGAGUAUAAUGAAAAUAAGACCAAGAUGAACUUGGUGCUUUUUGAUGAUGCUCUGGAACACCUGACCAUCAUUCACCGCAUCAUCAGAAUGGACCGUAGUCAUGCACUGCUGGUUGGCGUUGGUGGUUCAGGAAAACAGUCUCUUACAAAGCUUGCUGCCUUCACUGCAGGAUAUGAGGUGUUUGAAAUUGUGCUUAGUAGAGGAUACUCAGAGACUAACUUCCGUGAGGAUCUAAAAACUCUGUACCUUAAAUUGGGUAUAGAGAAUAAGAAAAUGGUCUUCCUGUUUACUGAUGCCCAUGUGGCUGAGGAAGGUUUUCUGGAGCUUAUCAACAACAUGCUUACAUCAGGGAUGGUUCCAGCACUGUUCCCUGAUGAUGAGAAGGAAUCUGUCCUGAACCAGCUGCGAGAAGAGGCUAUGAAAAAUGGCUCUGGUCCUUCGAAAGAGAGUGUAUGGCAAUACUUUGUCAGUAAGAGUGCCAACAACCUGCACAUAGUGCUGGCCAUGUCACCUGUAGGAGACACUCUCAGAACACGUUGUAGGAAUUUCCCAGGAUUGGUUAAUAAUACAAGCAUUGACUGGUUCUCUGCAUGGCCCCCUCAGGCCCUACACGCUGUGGCCAAGUCCUUCUUAGGUGAGAAUCCAAUGAUCCCAGAGUGUCAUUCAGAGGCAGUAAUAGCUCACGUGUGCAUGGUGCACAGCUCUGUAGGCGAGUAUAGUAAACUGUUCCAGCAGACACUCCGUCGCAGCAACUACGUCACCCCAAAAAACUACCUGGACUUCAUUAGCACCUACUCCAACCUGCUGGAGGAUAAAGAUAAAUACAUACUGGCACAAUAUAAACGUCUUGAAGGAGGUUUGGAUAAGCUGAAGGAGGCAAGCGGGCAGCUAGCAGAGCUCAACAUCAAGCUAGCUGAGCAGAAAGUAGUGCUGGCAGAGAAGACUACAGCCUGUGAGAUCCUUCUAGAAGAGAUCUGCUCUAAUACUGCUGUUGCGGAGGAGAAGAAAGCCUUGGCAGAGGAGAAGGCUAAAGAGAUAGAGGAACAGAAUAAGGUGAUAGUGGUGGAGAAGAAGGAUGCUGAGAGCUCUCUAGCUGAGGCUCUUCCUGCUUUAGAAGCCGCUCGCCUCGCCCUGCAAGACCUGGACAAAUCUGAUGUCACAGAAAUCAGAUCAUUUGCCAAGCCACCCAAACAGGUGCAGGUCGUGUGCGAGUGCAUCCUGGUGAUACGUGGCUAUAAAGAAAUCAACUGGAAGACAGCCAAAGGCAUGAUGUCAGAGGGCAACUUCCUGCGUACGCUUAUGGAAAUGGACUGUGACUCAAUCACUGGCAGUCAAGUCAAGACUGUCAAAGCCUACCUAAGGAACCUCAACACCAGUUUAGAGGAGAUGCAAGCCAUCAGUAAAGCCGGUUCGGGCAUGCUAAGAUUCGUGGAGGCAGUCAUGGGCUACUGUGAUGUGUCCAAAGACAUCAAACCUAAGAGAGAGAAGGUCGCUCGUCUGGAGAGGAAUUUCUUCCAGAGCAAACGUGAGCUGGAGCGAAUCCAGAAUGAGCUCAGUGCCAUCCAGAAAGAGCUUGGAACUCUUGGAGACAAAUAUGAGGCUGCCAUGACAGAAAAGCAACUUCUUCAGGAGGAGGCCGAGGUCAUGGAGAGAAGACUCAUUGCUGCUGACAAACUCAUCUCAGGCCUGGGAUCAGAGAAUAAGCGCUGGACAGAGGACCUGGAGGAGCUGCAGCAGAGGCGAGUGCGUCUUCUAGGAGACUGUCUGGUCUGCGCUGCCUUCCUCAGCUACGAGGGAGCAUUUAGCUGGGACUUUCGCAAUGAAAUGGUGUAUGAGGUAUGGCAGGCAGACGUCGUGGAGAGAGGCAUUCCUCUGAGCCAGCCUUUCCGAAUAGAAAACCUGCUUACUGAUGAGGUGGAGAUCAGCAGAUGGGGAUCUGAAGGUCUUCCUCCAGAUGAACUUUCAGUGCAGAAUGGCAUCCUGACCACCAGAUCCAGCCGCUUCCCCUUGUGCAUUGACCCCCAGCAGCAAGCCCUCAACUGGAUCAAGAAGGAAGAGAAAACCAAUCUAAAGAUUUCAUCAUUCAAUGACCCAGACUUCUUGAAGGGGCUGGAGUUAGCCAUUAAGUAUGGUUUCCCCUUCCUUUUCCAAGAUGUGGAUGAAUAUAUUGAUCCAGUUAUUGACAACGUCCUUGAGAAGAAUGUAAAAGGGCCAGAGGGACGUCAGGUUGUCGUACUUGGUGAUAAGGAAGUUGACUAUGAUCCCAACUUUAAACUUUACCUCAAUACCAAACUUGCAAACCCCAAAUUCUCUCCUGCAGUAUUUGGGAAGGCCAUGGUUAUCAAUUACACAGUAACCCUAAAGGGCCUGGAAGACCAGCUGCUGAGUGUUAUUGUGGGAUUUGAGCAGAAGGACAAGGAGGAGCAGAGAGAGCGGCUAAUUCAAGAGACUAGUGAGAACAAGCGUUUGCUGAAAGACCUCGAGGACUCGCUGUUGAGGGAGCUGGCCACCUCCACAGGAAACAUGCUAGAUAACGUAGAGCUCAUACAGACUCUGGAAGAAACCAAGACCAAAGCCACUGAGGUGUUUGAAAAACUGAAGCUGGCAGAAAAGACAGCCAAUGAUAUUGAGACACUGAGAGACGGCUACCGUCCGGCUGCCAAGCGGGGAGCUGUCUUGUUCUUUGUGCUGGCUGAGAUGGCUCUGGUCAACACCAUGUACCAGUAUUCACUUGCUUCCUUUUUAGAGGUGUUUGACCUCUCACUGUCCAAGUCUAUGCCCAACGCAGUCCUGCCCACUAGACUGAAGAACAUCAUGGAGACACUUACACAGAAUGUCUAUAACUAUGGCUGUACUGGUCUGUUUGAAAGACACAAACUUCUUUUCUCCUUCAACAUGACCAUUAAGAUUGAGCAGGGUGAGGGCCGAGCACCCCAGGAUGAGCUAGAGUUCUUCCUUAAAGGUAAUCUCUCUUUGGAAAAAAGCAAACGUAAGAAACUGUGCGACUGGCUGCCUGAUCAAGGCUGGGAGGAUAUAGUGCGCCUUAUGGAACUCUUUCCUAAUGAGUUUGGUACUUUAGCAGACGAUAUAGAAAAGAAUCCUGAGGAAUGGAAGAAUUGGUACGAUUUGGAUGCUCCAGAGCAGGCUUCUUUCCCCAUGAAGUACAAGGACAACCUCACUCCGUUCCAGAAGCUUCUGCUGAUGCGCUGCUUCAGGCUAGACCGAGUCUAUCGCGCUGUCAGUGAUUACGUCACACUUACCAUGGGAGAGAAAUACGUGCAGCCCCCCGUGAUCAGUUUUGAAGCCAUCUUUGACCAGAGCUCCCCAAACUCUCCCAUUGUGUUUAUUCUGAGUCCAGGCUCAGAACCAGCCAGUGAUCUGAUGAAGUUAGCCAAACGCUCCGGCUUUGGGGCCAACAGACUCAAAUUUCUUGCCAUGGGGCAGGGACAAGAGAAGGUUGCGUUGCAACUGUUGGAAACCGCUGUGGCACGAGGCCAGUGGCUGAUGCUGCAAAACUGUCACCUGUUAGUGAAAUGGCUGAAGGAUCUAGAGAAAGCACUGGAAAGAAUCACUAAACCCCACCCAGACUUCCGCCUAUGGCUCACCACAGAGCCUAUUAAAGACUUUCCCAUCGGCAUCCUGCAGAAAUCCCUCAAGGUUGUGACAGAACCUCCAAAUGGACUGAAGCUGAACAUGAGGGCAACGUAUUUUAAGAUCCCUAAUGAUAAGGUGAUGAAACUGUCCUCACCCAGCUUUCGCAGUCUGGUUUAUGUGCUGGCCUUCUUCCAUGCUGUGGUUCAGGAAAGACGCAAGUACGGCAAGAUCGGCUGGAAUGUGCCUUAUGAUUUCAACGAGUCUGACUUCCUGGUGUGUAUGGAAAUUUUGGACACCUACCUGACCAAAGCUCACACUCAAGGAGAUGCCAUGAUACCAUGGGGAAGUCUCAAAUACCUAAUUGGAGAGGUGAUGUAUGGUGGCAGGGCUAUUGAUAGCUUUGAUCGUAGGAUCCUCACAGUUUACAUGGAUGAGUAUCUGGGCGACUUCAUCUUCGACACCUUCCAGCCCUUCCACUUUUUUCACAAUAAAGAUGUGGACUACAAGAUCCCACCAGAUGGACCCAAGCAGGUUUAUGUUGAUGAGAUAGAGUCGCUUCCUCUUGCUAACACAGCAGAGGUGUUUGGUUUGCACCCUAAUGCUGAGAUCGGAUACUACACCCAAGCUGCCCGAGACAUUUGGACUCAUCUUAUUGAGCUACAACCACAGACAGGUGACACUGGCGGUGGCAUUAGCAGAGAUGAGUACAUCAGCCAGGUGGCACGGGACAUUCAGAGCAAACUACCGGAAGUGUUUGACCUGGACGUGAUUCGCAAGAAGUUGGGGCUGGAGAUCUCUCCAACGUCUGUAGUGCUGCUACAAGAGCUGGAACGCUUUAACAAACUCACCCUCAGGAUGAUCCGUUCUCUGGCUGAGCUCCAGCGAGCCCUGGCUGGUGAGGUUGGAAUGAGCAGCGAGCUGGAUGAGGUGGCGAGAGCUCUGUUUAACGGCCAGAUUCCUGUUAUCUGGCGGAAACUGGCACCAGACACUCUAAAGUCUCUGGGAAACUGGAUGAUCCACUUUAAGAGGCGACACGAACAGUACAGCUCAUGGGUGGAUGAGGGAGAGCCCUGUGUGAUGUGGCUGUCAGGCUUGCAUAUCCCAGAAUCAUACCUGACAGCACUGGUCCAGGCCACCUGCAGGAAGAACGGCUGGCCUCUGGAUCACUCCACUCUUUACACACAGGUUACACACUACAGGAGUGAGGACGAGAUCAAAGAGAGACCAGGACAGGGAUGUUUUGUAUCAGGCCUGUAUCUGGAGGGAGCAGACUGGGACAUUGAAAAAAGCUGUCUGGUGCGCAGCAAACCCAGAGUUUUAGUUUCUCAACUACCCAUUCUCAAAAUCAUUCCCAUUGAAGCACGCCGACUCAAACUCCAGAACACCCUGAAGACUCCAGUCUACACCACCUCUAUGAGGAGGAAUGCUAUGGGUGUUGGACUGGUGUUUGAGGCCGAUCUUUUCACCACAAAGCACAUUUCUCACUGGGUACUGCAGGGAGUAUGUCUAUGCCUCAAUGCUGACUGAUAAUAUGAAAACAUUUAUGAGAGGUUUUCAAACUUUAAUAACUUCAAUAUGAUUAAUAAAGUAAUAAAA